AUGUUCUUCACCAAUCUGUAAUCUACUGCCAUUUUAGAUCUGCUUGGAGUUCGUUGCUUUGUGUGGAGACAAACGUUUUUGGAAGAAGGAAGAGAAGAUGUUGGGUAUAUUCAACAAAGGGCUGGUUCAGCCGCCUCAGGAGCUGAAUAGUCCGGCGCCAUUGAAUUCUUCUGUGAAGCCCAAGCAUUCGCAAGAGAUUCUCAAGGAUUUCAUUUCUCAUUCUAGUAAUACUUUCUCUAUCAGCUUUGGAGAUGCAACGUCUUUUGCUUAUCUUCCACCGGAGAAAUCAUCUUCCAUUCAUCAGAGAAUGUUUUGUGCUGUGGAUGGAAUAUACUGCGUUUUCUUGGGGAGCCUAAACAAUCUGUGCCACCUGAUCAAGCAGUAUGGGCUAUCGAAGGGCACCGAUGAGGCGAUGUUCGUGAUCGAGGCCUACAGAACUCUCCGUGACCGGGGCCCAUACCCGGCCGAUCAGGUCCUCAAAGAUCUGGACGGAAGCUUUGGGUUUGUCGUCUAUGAUAACAAUGCAAAAACUGUAUUUGCUGCACUGGGUGGGAAUGAAGAAAUUAGGCUCUUCUGGGGCAUUUCAGCUGAUGGUUCUGUUGUGAUUUCUGACAAGUUGGAGGUCGUAAAAGGAAGCUGUGCUAAAUCAUUUGCACCAUUCCCUACUGGGUGCAUGUUCCACAGUGACCACGGGUUGAAGAGCUUUGAGCAUCCAACGAAGAAAAUGAAGGCAAUGCCUAGGAUUGAUAGCGAGGGGGUCAUGUGUGGGGCCAACUUCAAGGUUGAUGUCCAAUCCAAGAUCCACAGCAUGCCACGUGUUGGCAGCGAAUCCAACGGGGCAAUAUGGGGAUCACAUACCUGAUUAAUCAAUCGGGAUUCUUAAAUACAAUAAUGUGAAACCCCAUCCACCUUCCUAAACAGUUGAUUUUAGGCUUCUCUUUUUUCUUUUUUCUUUUUUGUUUAAAAAAAAAUUGUUGUAGAGAGUUUAAUUCAAUUGCAGUUAUUGUAUAUAAAUAAAUAAAAGAAUGUUUUUAAGUAUUA